CUAGUUCGUUCUUCAAUCCAAUCUCAAUAAUACUUGUUUUUUUUUAUUUCUCUUUCUUUAUUGUUUCUUUUACUCUUCGUUUUCCCUCUUUUGAAAUUACUCAUUUACCCUUCGUCCCUACCCUUCUACCUCUCCACUGUCCAACAUCAGAUCCAUUUUCUGACUCUCUCCACGUUCCCCUUUUUUAUUUAACUCAAACACUCACUUCGCUUUUUCCGAUUCAACUCUGAUAACCCUUUUCCCAAUUUUUCAACAAACCCUAAAAUUCUCAAUCUUAAUCUCCAUAGAUCGAUUCUCUUCGUUUCUAUCGAAAUUCUAAUAGCUUCAUCCGUUGACUACACUCGAGGUUUUUCAAAUUACCCAUUUAAAGAAGUUCCGUUUUUGAUUUCCGGGUCUUAUUUUUUUCGCACCCUUAGGAAUGUUGGGUACUAGCAUGAACUUUUCGCGUGGUCGUGGUGAGGAUCGGUUUUAUAAUCCGCCGCAAGCUCGCCGGUUGUUACACACGGCGGAGAAUGAAAGGAUUCGGAGAGCUCACAGCGAUGUAACGCCGAGUCGGUCGGUGGUUAGGGAGAAAUCUGUGGAUUCGGUUGAGAAAGAGAAGAAACGAGAGAAUAACCGGGUUGGGUCUGAAGAGACCAAGAAAGUAGUUGUGGUACCGGCGUGUGAAACGGAGGUGAAGCGGUUGAGUAACUUGGAAAGGUUUUUGCAAUCGGUUACGCCGUCUGUGCAUGCUCAGCAUCUUUCUAAGAGGAACACGAGAAGCUUUAGGACGUGUAGUGAGGAGGUUCCACCUUACUUUGUUCUUGGUGAUUUGUGGGAAUCAUUUAGGGAGUGGAGUGCGUACGGUGCUGGAGUGCCGCUUGUACUAAAUGACAAAGAUAGUGUUGUUCAAUACUAUGUUCCUUAUCUUUCUGGGAUUCAAAUUUAUGCCCAGACUGUCAAGCCAUCUGUAAAGUCAAGGCAACUAGGCGAGGACAGUGAUAGUGAUUUCAGGGACUCAAGUAGUGAUGGUAGCAGUGAUUGUGAACCUGCUAGAGGAUAUAGGGAACAAAGGAAUCUUCCCCAUCUCUCGGAUGACUUAUCUCAUUGGAUGGGUAGAUUAUCUGUGAGAAAUCAGCAUACUCUCCCACAAGAUGGCUCUUCUAGUGAUGAUGGUGAAUCUGUCAAUUCUCAGGGCUACUUGCUAUUCGAGUAUUUUGAACGGGACAAUCCUUAUGGCCGCGAACCUUUGGCUGAUAAGAUAAUGGACCUUGCUUUUCGUUUCCCUCAACUGCUGACACUUAGAAGUUGUGAUAUACUAUCAUCAAGUUGGAUAUCUGUAGCAUGGUAUCCUAUAUACAGAAUCCCAAUGGGUCAAACAUUAAAAGAUCUUGAUGCGUGCUUUCUGACAUACCAUUCUCUUUCUACACCCGUGGGAGGUUCACAAAGAGUGCAGGCUCCUGUACCAUCAUAUUCAACCGAGAUGGACGGUGUUCCAAAAAUAUCUUUACCUGUUUUUGGUCUCGCCUCAUACAAGUUCAAGGGACCCCUAUGGACUCCAAGUGGUGGAUACGAGCGUCAAUUAUCCAACUCUCUUUUACAGAAUGCUGAUAAAUGGUUAAGACUGCUUCAGGUCAGUCACCCAGAUUUCCUGUUUUUCAGCCGUUGAUUGCGUGAACCCGGUUCACGCAUGUAACCGCUUAAGAAUUGGUCCUGGUAUUUUCCGAUGCCUCCUCUGGCCCAAUUCUUAGAUGUUGUACUUUAUGAAAUCAGAAUUAAUCACCUUUUUGACAUGAAGGAAAAAAGAAAAGGUAUAAAAGAUGUUAAGCUCUCUCCUUUGUAACUUUCUGCUGUAAUAAGCAAAAGAAUCAGAAAGAGUAAAAAUCGAAAUAAAAGAAGCAAAGCUCUAGACAAGUUUCAGAAUGUGUUGAUGGUGGAUGUACAAAAUUACGAGAAGCUUCACAAGUGGUGGCUGAUGUUUGUUGCGAGGUUGUUUUGUUUUGCUAACAUCGACGAGUCCUACAUCGAUUGUUUCUUAUUUUCUAAAUAUAUCUAUGUCGGUAUGCUUUUGUUAAACAGAACAGGCUGCUUUUUUAAUGUCCUGAUGAUCACCAUUAUAGGGAGGAGCUUUAAAUAUGUUGGGGGAAUUUUACUCUAAUGCAUAAGGCGUUGCUGUUAAGUAUAUGUAACUCAUGCUUGAAUUGCCCCAAAUCUGUAUCUGAAUUACUAUAGUUACGUUUUGUUAGCUGCAUUACUAGUAGAACUCUUUUGUUGAGUUUUGAUAUCAAUGAAGUUGUAGGGUGAAA